AAAAAAUUUCCACAAAAAUUUUCAUCAUCUUUCUUCUGGAACUCAUCUUCCCCAAAAAUAUCACAGCCUUCUCCAAAGCAGCUCCUCUUCUCCCUCAAAAUCCCUAUCUGCCGUCGCAUCACUCCGGGAGCCGGAGCAGGGCCAAACUCGGAUUCCUCUUUCCCGAAAACCCUCUCCGCCUUUGGCAACUCCCAAACCAUCUCCUCAUGUGGCCGCCUCCGAAACCCUCUCCGCCUCUGCAACUCCCAAACCCUCUGCUUAUCUUGCAGAUCCCUCUUUCUCCCAAACCCUCCCCGCCUCUGGAAACUCCCAAACCCACUCAUCAUCAUGGUCGUUGAGUGGGUCACGCUUUACCCGGUCGAUGGUGUAAAGAGUUUGGAGUCGAGUUCCUCCAGAGUGUGAGACGAGAAGUGGCCGGCUUCUUCUCUACGACGUCGGGAGCUGGGGGUUUAGGGGUGGAGGAUUGACGGCGGCGGAGAUGGGUUGGGUUGAUAGAAACAAGGGAUUUUGAAGAAGCCAAUUGAUCGGAG